AGCGGGGCGAAGAGAAUUCUGCGUUCGACCCUUGCGUGCAUGCGUUCAACUGCGUUUGAAUGCGUUCAACUCGGAUGCGUUUGCGUUCCUUCGAUGCGUUCACAUGCGUUACCUGCUAAUGGCUACUCUACCUUCAAGAAUAAUACUAUCAUGUGUAUUUACAUGGCGCACUUACCUACUUUUGAUGUAUUUCCUGGACAUGUAUUGGCAGGUUUCUAUGACUUAGAACAGUGUGAGACUCUCUUGGAAAGCCAUAAAGGCAUGGAUUUUAAUUGUUACAUAUCUUAG